AUGGCGCAUCCGCCCCCGCGGAACUGGGCCAUGGCGCCGCCGUACCACUACCACGGGACGUCGCAGCAGGAGCAGGCGGCGCCAGCCGCGGAGGACGAGAGCGGAGCCGGGUCCGGAGGGCAGGAGGCAGAGUCGAGGUCACUCCGGAUCCGCGAACUUUUCCCCUGGAUGGACGAGGACUACCUGCGCAGCUGCUUCACCCGCUCGCCGGAGCGGAGCCGGGUCUGGAUGUUUCUAACAAUACAUUCCAUUUCUGCAGAUUUUCGUACACAAGGGACAUAUUCUGAUUCUAACCAGAACAAUAGCAGACUUUUUGUUGGUCAACUUGAUUCAUGUGUGACUGAUGAGGAUCUAGAUAAAGCCUUCAGUCCUUUUGGAGAGCUUACUGUCAAGGUAAUAGAGGGGAAGAACUAUGGCUUCGUCACAUAUUCGAGCAGGGCAUCAGCUGUGGAGGCCAUGACAAUUCUAAAUGGAAGCCAGCUGGGAGAUAAUAUCAUAACAGUUAACUGGGCUCGUCCUACUCCUAAGAAGCAGGAUCAAUGGAAUGGUGUGGACUAUGGACACCCCCAAAGCUCUGGUCCUGGCUAUGGUUGCUGUCCCGAGGAUCCUAACAUUCUUGGUUACACAGGCCAUCCUGGAUAUGCAUAUCACCAACAGCAGCAGCCACAGCAGACCUCAGUACAGUGAGGACGCCAGAGCAGGAAACGUCUCAGUCGCAGGGUGCUGCGGGAUUCUUGUGACAUACAACUCAGGAGGACUUUUGCUGGAAAUAACCGUAUUAGUUACUCAAGAUGCCUGGAACGACAUUUUUUGCGGCAAGUUUAUUUCUCUGGGAAAUAGUUGUCCGUGUUGCUGCUGUGUUUCUCAUUUUGUUGUGCACCAUCACACAAAUUCCCUGAGAUGCCUGGAACAACUUUUUUGGAGGAGAGAAUUUUCGGGAAUA